AUGGAUGUGGAAAGCGCGGGGUGCUGGCCCGGUUCCAGGAUGGUGGCGGAGGAGGGCAAGACCAGGGCGACCGAUUUCUCCAUCGCCGCCAUCAUGGCCCGGAGCGCCGCGGAGCCGCGCAGUCCCGCCGCCCGCUCGCCGACACAUAUCGGUCUGUCAUCGCGACAGAGUUCACCAGCGUCACUCAGCUCCCAGGCAUCAAGUUGCCGGUCUCCGGUGCCCGACGAAGACGUCGAAGUGGACGUGGAACAGUGUUCUGACGGCGAGCGUGACACCUCCGACCACGCCGUGCCUUCGCCGGCUCCAUCGUCAGAACUAGGGGAGAGAGACACGCCGUCGCCAGCGCGACCUCUGCCGCCGGCGACGUCUUGCAAUUGUGAGGAACUGUUGACUGUAGAUUGUCAACUUGAGACCAAGGACUUAUGGGACAAAUUUCACGAUCUUGGCACGGAGAUGAUCAUCACUAAAACUGGCAGGCGCAUGUUCCCGACGGUGCGCGUGUCGUUCGCGGGGUGUCGCGCGGAGGCGCGCUACGCGGUGCUGCUGGACGUGGUGCCGGUGGACGGCAAGCGCUACCGCUACGCCUACCACCGCUCAUCGUGGCUGGUGGCCGGCAAGGCCGACCCACCCGCGCCCGCGCGCCUCUACCCGCACCCUGACUCGCCCUUCGCCGGCGACCAGCUGCGCAAGCAGGUCGUCUCCUUUGAGAAGGUCAAGCUCACCAACAACGAGAUGGACAAGAACGGACAGAUCGUACUGAACUCGAUGCACCGAUAUCAGCCCCGCAUCCACCUGGUGAAGGUCCGCGAGGGCGGUGGCCCAAUCACCGACUUGUCACGCGAGCAGCAUCGGACCUUCGUAUUCCCGGAGACGGUGUUUACAGCAGUCACUGCCUAUCAGAACCAGCUCAUCACAAAGUUGAAGAUCGACUCCAACCCUUUUGCAAAAGGUUUUCGGGACUCAUCGAGACUCACAGAUUUCGACAGAGACCCAAUGGAGCUAAUGUUGAUGGAACAGCAACUAUUGCGGUCGCCACUGCGCUUGUACUCGAGCGGAACGAGUGUGGCGGGGGCCGAGGAGGAGGCGGAGAAGCGGGCAGCAUGGGCACGGACCCCUCCUGCGCUGCAACUUCUGGCGUUAGGAGGGAGGGCUUGGCCUACCGCCUGGCCCCAGCCUCUAGCUCUACCCCCCGACUUGUGGCUCCAAAAGCCCCCCACCCCACUUCGGUACUGUCCAUACCCACCGCCGGCGCAUCCUGCUACACAACACCCACGUCCGGACCAUUCUCCAUCGCCGCGACAUCCACUGUGA